CAAAAUAAAUAUCAAUAUUUGGGACUGGCUGAUCUAUCCAUGGGUUUCCAAGUAUUUGUUCAUCUUUUCUGGCCAAUACUACUAUUUGCAAUCAGUGGAGUCUUAGCAGAAAAAGCAGAAGUUGCAGGUGAGAAGUGCAAGACCAGUCGCUGCUCCCAUCAUGGCCCUGAAAUUCGGUUUCCAUUUCAGCUUAGAGACAGGCAGCCUGAGCACUGUGGCCUCCCUGGAUUUCGAGUUUCAUGUCACAAAGGAAAAACUCUUUUGGAGCUACAAUGCACUGCAAACACCACCCUCCCUGGAAUCCAGCUCUCCCUUUCUAAAGAAUUAGUUAUAAUGUUCAUCGACUACACAUCUCAAACCAUAUUUCUAUCCGAGUCACUGUCUCAAAACGCCAAUCUCACACUUGUUUCCACGCCAACUUCAUCUCAUAGGGCAAUAUCUCCUCCUCCCUUUGAUCUAAGUCCUCGGCUCAUCCCUUGUACAUUUGCCAGUUGUUCCUCCAGAGCCGAAGGUCAUCAAUUGCACCUUACUUCGCUUAGUGGACAAGCUUUCCCAGUCUACUAUUUCACCGAGAUGGUCACUAGACCCGAUUACACAACCUCCUGUACCAAGUUGUUUAAUUCUUAUCUCCCAACAUUUCUUCUGGACGAUCAAUCAUCUUUCCUCACUUGGUCAACUCCAAAUUGCGAGAAAUGUGAAGCCAAAGGGGAGUACUGUAAGCUGAUGAAGAAUAGUACUGGUAGUAACAUUCAAACAGUUGAUUACAGUACUACAUGUUUAUCUAAAAGGAGGCGACGGAGUUCAGUUCAGCCAAUUGCAGUUAUAAUUCCAGGUGCUACUUUUAUUGUGCUUGUGCUUGUGGUGUUACUGUAUUAUUUUGUCAGAUCAUAUAGACAAAAGAAAUAUGAUCAACUGAAGAUUGAAAUGUUUCUGACGGAUUACAAAGCCAUGAAACCGACGAGAUACUCCUAUGCUGAUAUCAAGAAAAUCACUAGCAAUUUUAGUAAUAAAUUAGGACAAGGAGGUUUUGGAUCAGUCUACAAAGGUCAAAUCACGAGUGACAUUAUUGUAGCAGUUAAGGUCCUCAAUACUGAUCCAAAAGCUAAUGGGAAUGAUUUUAUCAAUGAAGUAGGAACUAUAGGGCGAAUCUAUCAUAUUAAUGUGGUUCGUUUGGUGGGGUAUUGUGCUGAUGGCUGCAAUCGAGCUCUUGUCUAUGAGUUCCAACCUAAUAAUUCUCUAGAAAAGUUCAAAUACUCUGCUCAAAAUCACAACAAUUUCCUGGGGUGGGAGAAGAUGCAAGAAAUUGCUCUAGGCAUAGCUAAUGGAAUUGAAUAUCUUCACCAGGGGUGUGCUCAGCAGAUCUUGCAUUUUGAUAUCAAACCCCAUAACAUUCUGUUAGACCAUAAUUUUAACCCCAAGAUUUCUGAUUUUGGCUUGGCCAAAUUGUGUUCCAGGGACCAGAGCAUUGUUUCUAUGACUAUGGCUAGGGGGACCAUCGGCUAUAUUGCACCUGAAGUAUUUUCUAGGAACUUUGGGAAGGUUUCAUCCAAAUCAGAUGUUUACAGUUUCGGUAUGUUAUUGCUUGAAAUGGUAGGAGCAAGGAACAAUAACGCAGUGGAAAACACAACGGACACCUACUUUCCAGAGUGGAUUUAUCAUCAUCUGGAGGAAGGGGGAGAAGUGGCAAUUCAAAUAGAGAACGAAGAAGAUUCAAAUAUAGCAAAAAAGCUAACAAUUGUGGGACUAUGGUGCAUAGGGUGGCAUCCCGCGGACAGACCUUCAAUGAAACAUGUUAUCCAUAUGUUAGAAAGUCCAGAAUGUCCGACAAUGCCACCUAAUCCUUUCGGAACACCGAGCAUAAGGUCAUUUGGAACUGAUCUAGAAGUCAUUUCUGAAUCUAAUGACCAAAAACUAUAGACAGAGGAUUUACAUUCAUGUUUAACAUGUCAAGCUAAUUAUUUAUA